CUUAGGGUACCCCACAGGCACGUCGCCGCGGGUCUGAACUCUUUUCUGCGUGCCAUGUUCAAGCAGACGGGUUUUGGGCUUCUCUGAACACGGCGUCGACAAGGCGAGGAUGGAGAGCCUGGAGGCGCGACGGAAGGCUGCGAGAUGGCUACGCUCCGAGACGACCUCCGGCGUCGCCUGCGUCGGUAGCUUAAGAUAGGAACGACGUGCGACGCGGAGGAUGUCCCCUGCACGCCGGAGAUUCUGCAGGACGGUUGCCGGGUCCCUCGGCGAAGGUCCCUGUCGAGGUCUCACCUACUGCGGCGGCCGGAGCAGAAUUCGUCCGCCGAAGACAAGAUGGCAGGAGAGGCCUCGCGUGUCUUCAGGAAACUGCAUGAGCAUCAGGCGCGUCCCCUUACGGCUGAGGGAGGCGCUGCGCAGGCGGAAAGAGGUCCCAGGAGCUCACGACGUCCUGUGGAGACGACGGAGUCCAGGGUUCGACGUCCGCAGACUUGAGGAGUCGGGUCGGCCUCUCUCGUUGAUGAGGACCUGUGCGCACCUGUGCGUAGGGCCCGGCUGGGGGACGCCACCCGGCUGCCCCCCCGGUCAGCCGCUCCGGCUCGGGGUCAGAAGGGCCAUGCCCCCGGCCGGCCCAGGCGUCCGUUACGUGGUGCUGCGACUCAGCAUGGUGCCUGAGAUAAGGGCGCUCGCGACUGUAGCUCAGUGGAUAUUCCUUGUAGAAGUGCUCGUCCUCUCGUGCCGUAAAGCGCGAACCUCGUUCGGAAAAGCGAGCAGGCUCGUUGUGACCUUCCAGGGCGGAGGGCAGGCCCGGUUUCCCCUCGACCAUUCCAGGCUCCUGGCGGAGGCUCCUCCGACGGAGCAAAGUGCGAACCAAAGAACGCGCGUCCUAGCGAGGGAUGGCGAGAGUGCAGCGUCAGGAGCGCGCGCGGGCGGCGCAGCAUCGCGCGGCCGCGAGGCGGAGCCGGAGAGAGAAGGUCGCCUCCCCCGCGCGUCCCGAAGAACCCCCAGACUCGGCUCUCGCGGAGGUCCUCGCGACGUAGGGAUUCGGGCAGCCAGCGUGAGGCCGUCGCAGGCGCGCCCUUACGCCCGCGCCCGCGCCCACGGCAUGGGACAGCCAUGCGGGUGGGCGGGGUGGUGCGUGCGGACGGUGGUCAUGCUGGCGGUGUGGGCGUCGGUGGCGAAGUCCCACGCCCACCAGGACGCCAACGUGUGCCAGCAGAAGUACAACAGAACCGCGGACCAGAUCUGCGAGAGCAUGGACCUGCGGAACAACAUCAGCGCCCUGGAGAAGCUGUGCCUCUGCCGCGUCAUCGACGGCCACCUCCACUUCGUCCUCCAGGAGCAGCGGGACAACGCCUCCAUCGCCCGCCUGAGCCAGUACUCCUUCCCCGGCCUGAGGGAGAUCACGCACCACCUCCUGGUGUACCGCGUCUUCAACCUCACCUCCCUCAGGAGGCUCUUCCCCAACCUCGCCGUCAUCAGGGGCGACGUCCUGUUCCACAACUACGCGCUCGUGAUCUACGACGUGCCGAAUCUGCGGGAGGUCGGCCUCGUCUCGCUCACCGUCAUCCUCAGAGGCUCCGUGCGCAUCGAGCGCAACCCGCGGCUGUGCUUCGUCCACACCGUGGACUGGGAGCACAUCACCGCCAACCGCCUCGCCGAGAACUACAUCAACCGCAACCGCCCGCAGCGCGAGUGCCCGGAGUGCCCGCCCGCCCUCGGCUGCUUCCGCUCCAGGCGAUGCGGGGCGCCGCGCUGCUGGGGGCCGCGCCACUGCCAGACGCUGUGCGGAAGCGAGUGCCCCGGAGGCUGUGUGGGAAGCCAGUGUUGCCACGAGGAGUGCCUCGGCGGCUGCCAACGCCCGCACUCCGCCACCAGCUGCCACGCCUGCAGGAACCUGCUCGACGAAGGGCGCUGCACCCAGUCCUGCUCGAGCCCUAAGUUCAAAGUCCUGCAGCACAGGUGCGAGGAGAGGAGCUUCUGCCGGAGGAACUACAUCAUCAAGCUGGACACGAAGGAGUGCGUGAAGCGGUGCCCUUUGGGCUACAACGUGAGCAGCAACUCGGCGGGAGAGAGCCUCUGCGUCCCGUGCGAAGGCUCCGUGUGUCCGAAGGAGUGCGGCGCCGCCGUCGUGAAGAGCGUGAGCCGCGCCCAGGCGCUGCGGGGCUGCACCGUCAUCAGGGGGGACCUCACCGUCAACAUCAACGGCGGCGAGAACAUCGAGCGCGAACUCGAGGAGAACCUGAGCAGCAUCGAGGAGGUCACCGGCUUCGUGAAGGUCUUCCGCUCCAACGUGACGUCACUCGACUUCCUCAGGAACCUCACCAGGAUCGGAGGCGACUCGCUCCUGCACAGCAACUACUCGCUGGUGAUCCUGGACAACCCGCACCUGCGGGCGCUGUGGAACUGGACGGGGCGCGAGCGGCGCCUCACCGUCGAGCGCGGCAAGAUGUUCGUGCAUUCGAACCCGCGGCUCUGCUUCCACCACAUCGAGGCGCUCGUCAACGCCACCAACAUGACGGGCCUUUCGGAGACCGACGUUUCCUCCACCUACAACGGGGACAAAGUGCCAUGCAAGGUGACGCCCCUGGAGGCGCGAGUGACGCCGCACCUGUACGGCACGCUGCUGGUGGAGGUGGCCACGUCGGCGCGGCUGCCCCCCGAGGCCGUCUACUACGUCAACUAUAAGAAGGCGGAGAAGAACAUCUCGCUGUACGAGGGCGACAGGCCCUGCAGCGACCAGGGGUGGUCGACGAUGGAGGUGGGUCCGGGCAACGGGACGUCGCUCGCCCAGAGGAAGGACCUGAUCAUCGUCAACCUGGAGCCGUUCACCCGCUACGCCGUGUACGUGAAGGCCUACUCGCUCGCGUCCAGCGGCAAGGGCGCGCAGUCCGACGUCCUGUACGCCGUCACGAGGCCCUACCACCCGACCGAGCCCGUGGGCCUCGAGUGGGUCUCGAGGAACAGCUCGACGGUCGCCCUGGAGUGGCACCCGCCCCGGAGGCCCAACGGGAGGGUCGCCCACUACCUCGUCUCGCUGCAGCUCCUGCCGGACACGCCCAGGAUCCCCCCGAACCUCCACUUCUGCAGGCCGGAGACCCGCGAGUACAUCGACGGCAAGAUGCUGGCGCUGGCGGAGGCCGAGAAGGUCAGCCUCGCCAGGAGGAAGACGCCGGCGACGAAGGAGGACGUGCGCGACGAGGGGGCCAAGGGCGGGUCCGAGGCGGGCGAGGAGUCGUGCCAGGCGCCGCCCACGCCUUCCUGCUGCGCCUGUCGGGACACGGGCGUGGGCGGCAGCGAGGACCAGGAGGUGAUGGGGCAGAUCGCCUUCGAGGAUUUCAUCAUGGAUAAUGUCUACGUCAAGAAGGUCAACAGGUCAAGGAGGACCCGCGCAGCGGACGACGACGACGACGCCGCCUUCGGCUCGGCGCUGUGGCUGUACCAGCAGGAGCAGCGGGACGAGCGGGACGCGCCGUCGAGGGCCCCCCGGAGCGCCGUGCCCGCGGACGACCCCCUCUUCGCGUGGGAGAGGGCGGCCUCGGCGCCCUCGGGGCCGCCGUCUCGCCCAGGACGGCCGCCCUCCCCGGCCCUCCAUCCGGGCCCUGCGGGCGGGGAAUUCCCGCUCCACGAGGGCCACUCCGUCAAGGAGUUCCCGUCGCAUCUUGGCAUCAGGCCCAAGUACCAGAUUCACGAGGAGAACCUCACGAAGUACACUGUCAUGGAGGGUUCCGUGGUCAUCCGCCAGGAGCUCCUGACGCAGGCCCCGCGGGCGACCCUGCACCACCUCCGCCACUACUCCCUGUACUCCGUCAGCGUCGUCGCCUGCCACGCCCCCGUCACGAGGAAGCGGAGCGUCGGGGGGCGGCUGGUCGACGUGGCGCUGAAGCUGUGCUCGCCCAUCCCGGCCAGCCUCGCCGUGCACACCGGGAGCAGCGACACAGCGGACGAGGUGCCCGAGGGUAGCCUCCGGGCGGCGCCGCAGAACACCUCCCGCGGCGCCGUCACCUUCUCGUGGGCGCCUCCCGAGGACCCCAACGGCGGCGUGGUCGCCUACAUCAUCAAGCUGCGAGGCAGCUUGUCGACGGAGCGAUGCGUCGGCGGCCAGCAGUUCGAGGCGCAGGGCAGGAAGUACGACCUGCGUGACCUCUCUCCGGGGAACUACUCCGUGUGGGUCAAGGUCAGGUCGAAGGCGAGGUACGGGAACUUCUCGCCGCCGGUGUCCUUCGUCAUCGCUGACGACCCCCUCUCGACGGACUUCUCCCUGGCGCUCACCUCGUCGCUGCUGGGCGUGGCGGGCGCCGUGCUGGCCGCCGUCGCCUGCUCCUGCUGGAGGCGAUGCCGGGGGCGCCGCGCCAUCCCGGACACCGUCGAGAAGGUCGACUUCAACCCCUACUAUAGAGAGGGCUUCGCCCCGGCCGAGAUGUUCCGCGAGGAGUUCCUGUUCUGGCGCGACGACCUGCGCGUGCGGCUGGACCGGCCGCUCGGCCACGGCUUCUUCGGGAUGGUGUUCCUGGGCGAGCUGGCGCGCGGCGGCGCCGAGACGCGCGUGGCGGUCAAGACGCACGGCGAGGCGGCGUCGGCGGACGAGAUCCUGCAGUUCCUCAAGGAGGCCGCGCUCAUGCAGAACAUCAACUGCCACCACGUGGUCCGCCUCCUGGGCGUCGUGGGGGACUACGCGCCCGUGUACGUGGUGAUGGAGCUGAUGGAGGAGGGCGACCUCAGGUCCUUCCUUAAGAGGCGCUCCAUCCCGCACUUCCAGCUGGUGGAGAUGGCGGCGCAGGCGGCGGACGGGAUGGCGUACCUGGCGGCGCAGAAGCUGGUGCACCGCGACCUCGCCGCCAGGAACUGCAUGCUCGACCACGACCUCACGCUCAAGAUCGGGGACUUCGGCCUCACCAGGAACCUCAAGUCGGACUACUACAGGAAAGAAGGCCAGGGCAUCCUGCCGGUGAAGUGGAUGGCGCCCGAGAGCCUGCAGUUCAGCGUGUACAGCACCCAGAGCGACGUGUGGAGCUACGGCGUCCUCCUGUGGGAGAUGGCCACCAGGGGCCUCACGCCCUACAAGAACCGCACCAACGACGAGGUGAUCCGCCUGGUGGUGGAGAAGUACGCCACCCUGGGGCGCCCCAGGGACUGCCCGGCGCCGCUGCAGAGGGUCAUGGGGCGAUGCUGGCGCUACGAGGCCAGGGAGAGGCCCAGCUUCCUCGCCAUCACCAAGUUCCUCCUCAAGCACACGUCGCCGGAGUUCCAGCAGCGCUUCGAGCAGGUGUCCUUCUACCACAGCCGGGCCAGCGACUACUCCAGGUACCAGAGGAGCGAGACCUGUGGCUUCAUGUCAGCGCGAGAGAGCGACGACGAGGAUUCGGACGACCUGACUUUGCACGCCUCCUCGGACCUCGACGACAACGGAGCGGCAGAGAAGGAUCCGUGCCAUCGCAGGAGCCCCGACGGAAGUCCCAGAGCAAGGGAGAGCGAGAGGAAAGGGCGCAGGGGCGACGGAGGCGAGGCGAGGGCGCGGCGUGGCACCGCGGGGGCGGCAGAGGGACGGGGAGCGUUCGGGGGCCACAAGUACAUGAACUUCAGCUCCGACGACCUGCGUCUGACCACGUCCAGGCUGCUCGGGCGAAGGACCCAGACGCCCGGCGGCCUCGCGGACAGGGCUCUGCCGCAGCGCGCCCAUCUGCCCACGCUGGUGAUCCCGCAGGAGGACGAGGAGCUGCGCUACGCCCAGCUGCAGCUCCGGACGCCGAGCACGCCGGGCAGCGGGACCCUCACUCCGGCCAGCAACCCCAAGUCGCCCGCCAGCACUCCGCAGACGCCGGGACUCCUGUCGCCUACGCCCCAGAUCCCUUGCACGCCCGCUUCGCCUGCCCUCUCCCCCGCUCCGCACCACAGCCUUAGCCCAGGACCCUCGCCGCAUUCAGAACCCAGCCCGUCCCACGUCAUCCUCAAACCCAGGGAUUCUAAGGCAGCCCUGGCAACACAGCGCACCUACUCGAACCUUCCUGCUUUCGGCUCGAGCCUCGAGCCCAGCAGGAGAGCCUUCGCCUCCUUCAGAGCGACGGCAAAAGAGGGCCUGGCGGCUCGUGCAAAUCGGCGGCCGGAGAGCGCGUCGGUCGGCGCUCUUCCGGCCACCGACGCGGACGCGAGGCCAGCGCUGACGUCGUCCACCAUCAGCGCCCCCGCCACCCCCGUCGUCACGCAGCACAGUGGGGCUGCCUCUCUCAACGCGGCUGCACCAGCUGCUCCUUGCCUUGCCGGGCGAAGGGACCCCUACAGACGGGGAAAUGUCCCCACUCUCAGGAAUUCCCGUUCAUUCCAACAUUUCGUUGACGAAAGACACGAGGCCGUGGUGGAGGAGAGAUCGCUGCCUCAUGGCCAGAGGGACAAGGAGACGCCCGGGUCUAGUGGUACGGCGGCGAGAGGGGGAGGGGAGUGCCUGCUGGAGGAGGACGACGAUUCAGAUAAUUCACUGCGAAGUCUGCACGAGGUCUUUGUGACCGUGACUCUCCCAAGGGCGCGUCGGAAAGCCAGAGACUUUUAUGAUUACCGGGCGAGUGAGGGACAUUCUCUGGAAGAUAUCGAGUUGUUGUGAGCUCUGGAUUUCCUUAUGGCCAUUCUUCAACUUUGCUACCUCCUACAAAUAAACAGUAAAUGAAUGCAACUGUGAAAUACGUAAUUUAUUUUCUUCUUCUCAUCAUCUGCAAAUUUUACCAAAGAUAUCGCUCACUAAGUGUAAGAGAUAUGCUGGUACACGUUAAUCGAAGACAGAAGGCGGGUUUGUGAGUGCCCAUCGUUAUAAAGAGAGGAAGAACAUUUUGACCCCUAAGUAAUCCAAAAUACAUAAAAAAUACAUUGUUUGUUUCAUCAAGAAUAAGUGAAUAUGAUCCAAAGAUUCAUAAAACAUUUCCUAAUUGGUUAUCUUGGUAAAAUGUGUGAGAAUGAUCUACAGAGUCAUUGCUGACAUUGGAGAUGUGAAAAAGGACCUAUUGUUUUGCGUUUAAUCAGUGCCUGUGCAUGAUGACAUAAUAGUUCAAAUGACAAAGGAAACUGCUUGCUUCGAUACAAAGAAUCCACUAGAAACUGAUUAUUUACAUUUCUAUUUACACGCGUACAUACAGGUAGUGUAUUAAUCAUAUUACCUGUGAUAAAAAAGAUUUUGCAAGUUUUCCGUGCGUUAAUCUAAACUGCUGGGACUUCAUGAACGAAAAGAGCAUUUCAUGAGGAAUCUUGAAUAAAAGAAAAGCGAAUAAACACACAAUUACUAUGGAAAUUAAAUGUACAUAUAAAACGCUACUUUUUGAUAUUGCUAUGACCGCUUAUUUUGCAUACAGCAUGGGUACAUGGAGAAAAAAAAUAGUGUACAGAAGAAAAAGAAUAUAUUUAUAGUAUUUACUAGACAUCCAAAGAAAAUUUUUCUUAAGGAUAAUUGUAAGUCACGUGACAGUAGGUGACGAUGACCAACACGGGAAAAAAAUCUGAGGUCUCGAAAGGUGACGAGACAGAAUCACCAUUAUUACUCCGCCCAAAUAAAAAUAAAAGAUCUUUAUAAAACGUUGUCAGUCAA